CCCCCCUUGUGUCUCUCAGUGUGCCUUGUAAAUAAAAAUAAUUUAACAACAAUUAAGCAAAAUAAAACAUUAAAAACAAUGUUAAAUUAUAAAUCUAGUGUUAAAAAACCAUCAAAAGUAUUAACAACAAUAAAUAAAACAUCAAAAAUACCAGUUAAAAAACAUUGUGAUGAAAACCGCGGGAAAGUUGUGAAAAAAAUAACCGCCAAAAUGACAACAAACAAUGUGGACAAUAACAAAUACAAUAAAUCAUCAAAACAACCAAAAUCAUCAUCUAAAUCAAGCAGUUUACCAAAGAAUAAAAAUUCAUACACUCCAACAGUAUUUAUUAAUGAUAAUACUGAUGAUCAAACAGUAAUUAACGAUGACAAUUUAACAUCCAGAGAACGAGUUAAUUUUCUGAAACGUGAAAUAAAUGAAUGGCGUGAAAAAGAAAAUUUUACCAGUAGAAUUCGUCAAAAGUUAGCUCAAUUAAACAUUGAUGAACAGCUUCAUUUUGAUGAGAAUGAGAAAGAGAAUCUUCCCCACGUAAAUGAAUUUGCUGAUGACGUUUAUCUCCAAGAAAAACACAACGAAAUUGAGGUAGGAGAAUCGGAUAAUAAAACUGUCAAUUAUUGUCCUAGAAAGCCAGUUGUAAAUAAAGAAAUCGAAAAAUUAGUUGAGAAUAUUAAAUCAAUUGGAAAAUGCCUGGAUAAUGAAAAUUGGCAAAAAAAAAUGAGUUCAUCAAUCAGCAUGGAAACACUUGAGGCAUUGGAUUAUGCUGAUAAACUUGUUCAACAAGCUAGACAAAUAAUUACUGGUGUAUCUCAUCAAGCAGCUAUUGAUAUUAAUUCAAGAAUAUUUGAGACUGAUUUGCAUACCAAUGAAGAAGAUCUUUAUAUAAAUGACAUUGUCAAUGAAAAAUUUGACGAAGCAAAUGGCAAAAUAAAAUCAAUAUCAUCAAUUAAAAAUUCUACAUUUUUAUAUCAUAAAAAAAUAAAUAAACCAAAGCUAUCAUCACCAAUUAUUCAAAAAAACGAAAAAAAUAAAAAUUGCAAAAAAUUUAUUGAUGAAAAAAAUGAGGCAAUUAAAAAUAAAGAAAUAAUAAAUGAUAAAUUAUGUAUUAAAAAUGGACCAAAAAUAAAUAUUAAAAAUUCAUUGUCAAUUGUUAAUGUUGAUAGGCAUGACAUAAUGCCUGAUAAUAAAUUAUCAUCAUCAAAAUUUAUAAAUACAAAAAUAUAUGAAUUUAAACAUGAUUCUAUUGAUAAAAAAAUAAUUGAGGUAUGUAAAAUCGAUGCUGCCGUGCAAACGAGCCUGCGUGACUCAUCUACAAACUCUUUCAAGUUUGACGAACCAUUGGCUGACCCUACAAGGUCACAAAUUGACCUCGACAAUAAUAAUGUCGAUCAAUUAACUUGCCCACGUGCUGAUGAUGAAAAAAUUCAAACAAAAUUGAUAACUCCUGAUGAUGAUAAUAAUAAUAUUGAUAAUUUAAAUGAUGAAUCUAUUGAAAAAUCAAUGAAAAAUAAUCAAGAGACAGAUGUAAUUGAUAGUGAUAAUUUUAAACAUGAAAUAAUUGAAUUAAAUUCAUUAAAAUUAAAUAGUUUUGAUGAAAUAUUAUCAAAUAUGGAAGAAAAAAUAAAAGCAAUUGCUCAAGCUAUUGAUAACUUUGAAAAUAUUUCUUUGUCUGAUGAUGAUGAUAAUGAAAAAUUUCCAAAUAAACAAAUUGACAUAAUUGUAGAUGAAAAAAAUGAUGAUGAUAAUGAUGAUGAUAAUUCUGUUAAGGUGCUUUUCAGAGCUAGAACAAUGUCGAACUCAUCAAGUUGUAUAUCAAGUGAAAUUUUUUAUCCACCAAAUAGAUUUUCAACUCCAUUAAUUAAUUCAAAUCAACAAGAUACUAAUAAAAAUACCAAAGAUAUUAUUACAACAACAAUAACAACAACAUCAGAAGCACUAAUUGUUAAUUCAAAUAAUGAUAAUUUUAAAAUACCAAGUGUGAUUAGAAAACUAACAUCAUCAUCAUCAUCAUCAUCAUUGACUGAUGUAAAAUGUCAAUCAACAUUAUUUAAUAAUAAAAAUUCAAAGACAACAACAACAACAUCUGUAAAAAAUAAUAAUAAAUCAAGUAUUGAUACAAAUGUCACAUCAUUUCCAACAUAUUCAAGUGAAAAAUCAAUUGAUAAUUAUAGGUCAAGGUUAAAUUCAGCUUCAAAGUUAUAUAAUGAAAAGGAAAAAUAUGAAAUAAAUAAAGUAACAAAUGAAAUGUCAAGUGUUAAAACCUUGAAAAAUAAUAAAAGCCUUGAAUUGAUUUUGUUGGAUGAAAGUUUACAUGAUGUUGUUGAUGAUGAUGAACAAAAAAAUAAUAUUAAUAAACAUGAUGAUAUUAAAUUAUCUGUAAAAGAUAAAACCUCAAAACAUUCAGUAUUAUCAGAAAAUACAAAAGGUACAAAUAACACUGUUGGAUCAUAUGUCAGUAAAGACAGAACUUCUUAUGAUUUAUCUGGUAUUUAUUCAGAAGAUUUUGUUUGUUCAUUAAAAAAUGAUAAAAGUAUAUCAAAAAUUUCUUCACUUCAACAAUCACAACAAGAAUUAUCAAAAAUAAAAUCAAAAGAAAAUACAGUAAUUAGUCAAGAAGCAUCAAGCUCUAAAAAAGAUUUAUUAAAUUCUAAAAAUAAUUCAGUUGUUAAUUUAUCAAUUCCAGUUGUUAAAUUAAAUGACAGUAGUUUUAGAAAAUCAUCAUCAUCAUCAUGCUCAAAUGAAAAUAAAUCAAAAAGUUUAAUUGACAGUUGUAAAAAUAGUCUUGAGCAUGAAUUAUCGAAAAUUUCAACGUCUGAAAAUAAUAAAAGGCAUCAAAUGACAACAAGUAUUUCAUCACGUGCAUCUUCAGUGUCAUCAUCAUCAUCAUUGUCAUCAAAAUUAAUGAAAAAAAUUCAUCAAAUAAAUAAAAAAUAUCCAACUGAUGAUUAUUCAGAGGGUGAACUUUGUCCACCAAGUUCAUCAUCAUAUUCACUUGGUGAAAUACGUCUACCACAAUGUCAACAUUUAUCAAAUGAUUCUGUUGAUUUAUCAGAAAAUAAAAAAUCAUCAGUGGAAAGUUUUGGUGAAGUCAAACAAGUAUCCAGUUGAAUUAUAAAUUGUGUAAUUAAAAUUAUUAUUAUAUAAUGAAUUUAUUCAUGGAUAAUAAAUAAGAAAAAUAAAUAAAACUUGGAAAAAAAUACCAGUAUAAUUUAUCUAUAAGCAACUUUAUUACAAAACAUUUGAAAUAAUAAAAAAUAGAAAUAGUUAGUCAUCAGCAGUAUCAUAUCAGCUAUGAACUGUGAAAUAAAAUAAAAGACAAAAAAUAUACAACAAAAAGAGACACAGUGUUAAUCUGAAUCACCAAUCUUCAACACACUUAAAUUCUAUCAUUAUGAUUAUUAUUCAUUUUUCAUAUUUUAAACACGUC